AUGGCGCAGCAUCAAGACCUUAAAAGAAAAGGAGGUGCUGAUCCCGAUCAUCAGAUGUCAAGAAAUCAUGCCCCUCCUCCUUCUCUAAGUAUUGAAGUGCCUAAAAUGAGAGAUCUUCCAAACAAGUCAAACCCUUGGAGUGAUGUCCAGCUUCCUGUUGACAUUCUUCUGUCGACAGUAGAAGACAUCGAGUUUUUAGCUUGUUAUUAUUUCUUGGAAAAUUCUUUUAAAAGUUAUCACCAGACCCUGGGAUACGUUUACUUUGGGACCAUGGGUGAAAGCGGAGAAGAGGCACAGAAAGUUGCGUUAAUGAGAUGUUGUAAAGGUUCUUCUGGUCCAGGUGGCUCUCAAAAUGUUAUUAAAAAUGCAGUGAUGCAACUGAGACCCAAGGCUGCUUUUUCCGUAGGCGAAUGCAUGGGUUUAAAUCCAGAAGAUACUAAGCUAGGAGAUGUAGUGGUAUCCUCUAAACUUUCAACUGAACAAUUCACAACUCCAGUAAGAAGAAAUAUUGGCAACCUUAACUUGUCUUCAACUGAAGGCUGGAAUCCACCAUUGAAAGAUCCAGUAGGGGAAAAAACAGUACUGGUACACCGUGACAGUGUCAUAUUCAGUGGUAGUCAAUUCAUCACCAAACAACGCCGCAUGUCUCAAUCGUGCGAGAUUGCAGUUGAAGGGGAAGGGGAAGGUAAGAUUAGAUGCAUAUAACUAUUAAAACAAUUUGAUAUAGCAUUCGAUUUGAGGUCUACAACUUUUAACUGUCCUUUUCGGCAACAUCUUGUAACUAUGACAGAACCACUGAUAGGUCCAAUGGUGUGUGAGCAGGUUAUUCUGGUGAUGUACUUUACACUUAUUGUGCAGGGAACAUAAAUUAUUGAGCUUAAAAGAUUAAGAAGUUUUAGUCACUACACUGCAGAGAAAAAUCUGAGCUUUUAUCUCCUCUAGAUUCUUCUUCACAGUGGAUUGAAUAAGGAUCAUUUUCAUAUUGUAUGCCGGUCUGUUUUUUCUUUCCACUUACAGGACUGUUUGCUGCAGCCUAUGAUAUGAACAUUGAAUGGCUGAUUGUUAAAGGGAUAUCACACUUUUCUGAUGAUAACAACACUCCUGAUGAGUCUUGGAAGUCAUUUGCUUCCAUUAUGGCAGCUUCUGUUGUGUCCAACAUGUUAAAUGAUCCUGUUGUUUUUAAAGAAUGGCCUCACUAUGAAGGUAUGUCACAUCCCUGCCUGUUCUAAGAGACUGAUUAUUAAUAGCGAUGAAUUUUCUGUUGAGAUAUUUUUGUGUAAACUGGUUCAAUAUUAACCUUGGUUCAAAUCUUUGUCUCUGUUUCAAACUGAAAUCAUAUAUUAACAUUGAAAUAUCAAAAUCAAACGCCAAGAAAAAAAUUGUUUUUAGGGCUUUUCAAAUAUAUAAUACUUUUCUUCUUUACAGACUCAGACUUGACAGCAAAAAAUCACCCAGAGACAACCACAAAGCCACACAAACAGAUACCAGGUAAUAUUCUGUCAAUGUAAUUACACUGUCCAGGAGUUUUUCCAGAUCAAAUGAUUGAACACUGGUUUCAGUAGAAUAAACACUAGACUUUAGAUAUAGUUGUUUGCCGCAUCUUAGAGCACCAUCAUGUUUUCUUAUUAUUGUGAGAUAUGUCUUUGACAAGAGAGCAGCCUAUUUUUGCCUGCUAUUUAUAACUCCUUUAUUUUUCUUAGAAAUUUUGCAGAAAAAUGCCGCUUGAAGCAUGCUGAUCCAUUCUCUACUCACUAUCUGGUCAAAAAGAUCCAAAACUUCCUAAAAUGCGUUAAGUCCAACACUACGUACGCUGCCUUUUGUUCCUUAUGUUAAAUAGAAGUGUUGUUUUGAAAAGUGACACAGCCUUCUCAACUCAGUUUCCCCUGUUCCCUUCUCUCUUCCCUACUCCCUUCUCCCUGCCCCACUUUUUUCCUUAUCUUGGGGAUUUUGUUGGCUUCUUUUUGGUGAGACAUGUUUUCAAGAAGUGAAACUUCUUGAAAACAUUUCUGUCUUUUUUUCAGCUGUGUUUGUCAUGAAUUAUUUCAAUAAUUCAACUGUCUAGGGAAAUUUACAAAAUUGAAAGGGAUGUUGUAGAGGGAGGGUCCACUCCCACACUUUUUGGUGUUAUGGUAUGGUCUCAGUCUAUCUAUCCGCCCACCCACCCACCUACAACCUACAUGUAACCUCAACAAAACAACCUAUGACCUGCUCACCAUAUGCGUCGCCCAUAGCUCCGUGCUUCUAGCAUCCUACUUGUAUCUGGAAGGUUGUGGGUGUGAUUCCUGCUAAGGGAUCGGAUUUUCAGCAUUUCUUUGUUGUACCUAACAUUAAUAUUUUAUUUCUAGCAAUCAUUCAUCCACGUGCCAUUUUCUCUAAUUUAUUCAUGUUUCUGUAAAUUGACUGUCUGCCAUUCCUGGUAAGAAUUGCUAGUGAAGUCAAUCAACUACGAUAAACUAGUAGAAAAACUUUUUGGAAUUGACGAAAAGUUCUUGUUAACAGAUGCUGUAUGCCUUGAGGAGUGCCAGAAACAGCUGCGAUCACUUUAUGAAACCAGUAGCAAAGUCAAAAUCAUUCCAUGGGACCAGGAUGCUGCUGUUGAUAUUGAUGAGAUCUACACAGACUUGUCUUGGGUCAAGGAUCACAGGAGACCCAGUGGAGUAACACAAGAAAAACUUAACCACUACACUGAGAUUUUUGGCAGUAGAGGUUCUCUUCCUGCGCUAAAGCGAAUUUUGGUUUAUGGACAGCCAGGUAAGUGAGUCAAUUGAGUAAUAAUUGUCUUAUGCAACUAGAGUGUAAGUACGUGCCGACGACAAGCAGGAACACAGGAACUAUUCGUUUACUGGCAUAAUACAUCUACACACCUGUUAGCGAAUGCAAUGGUGCAGUUUUCUUGAGUGUUUUGCUGACAUCUACAUUCCAAGUGGGGUAAUUUUUUUCGAUGCUGUCAAACCCAAUGGAAAGUUUGGUCUGUUCCUGUGAAAAAUAAAUUAAUAGUUUAAGCAAAGUUCUUUUAGAACAAUACAUACACUGUAGGAAUCAAUUAAUGCCGUAAUGAUGGCAAUUUCAGAUAAAAUUAUCUGAAAUUUAAGUUCAUUAAAUGUAUGGUAAUAUGUAUGCAAUCAUAAAAUUGUACCACAACCUUCACAGUAGACUAAUGAGUGGCAGUUUGGCCCAGUUUUUUGAAGGCGAAUCGCGCGCGCUAACCUGGGGAUAAAGCACUGUCUUAGAUAAUUUUCUCUAUUCUUUUAAGAGUAUCUAAUAAUCAAAUUGCAGACAAAAGGAAUUAAACUCAAUUUGCUUUUGAAGCUUUCAUAUCUGAAUUCAAAUUUCGCACUAACCUAGAUAACCCAGUUUUGAACAACCAUGCAGGCCCCAAAUAGUCUGUGUAUUUGAAACUUUUGUGAAGGAUUCAUUUCCAUUGUCUUCAUCAUGAAUAAUUUUGAAUACGUAAAUUAGAUACCAUUAUCGAUGAAUGUAACUCUGGUCUUUAAUCAAAGCUAAGAAUUCCAAAAUACCCCCUUAGAGGCAGAGAAACAUCUUUUUGGAAUAACCUUAAAGGCAAAGGCUACCCUAGUGUUAUUCACUGUGCAUAUGGCAUAAAAAGUUUAGACAUAAUUCCGUAAAAAAAUAUAAUAAAAUAAAAUAAAUACUCUUAGACGGCGAGCGGUCGUCCUUUUUACUGCUCGUAGUUUUAUGAAAAUUAUAAAUUUUAGAUUCCACUUCACGUGUCGCCCCAUAUAAGGGAAUCCAAGACAGCCUUGGAUUCUGGAUUGCACAUCGUGGAUUCCGGAUUCCAAUUACUGGAUUCCAGAUCUCUUUCAUUGGAACUUCUGGAACUUGGAUUCCGGAUUCCGGAUUCCAAUUGUUAGCGGGAUUCCGGAUUCCUACAGCGUCAUUCCGGAUUCCAAGGCACAGGAUUCCGGAUUCCACAUAAAAACCAUUUCCCAGAUCAUGGAAUCCGAAUUCCCUUAUAUGGAGCGACACGUGACUUCACAUGAUUCUGUUGAAGACUUAUUGAUAGUUUGUUCAUAUAUGUCACCUAGGUAUCGGCAAGACUGUUUUCACGAAGAAAGCAACUUUUGACUGGUCCCGGCAGAGAUAUUCAGAAACAUUAGGGGAAUUUGAUCUUGUCCUUCUGGUGAGAUUACGUGACGUUAGUAAUCUCCAAGAUGUUUCGUCAAUUCUGAGGGCUUCUGAAGUGCUGGAUAGUAAUGGUGCAAUUUCCGUAAACAACAUGUAUGAUUACGUUUGUCGCCAUCAAGAAAAUGUCUUGCUUAUCUUGGACGGCUACGAUGAGUAUGUUUACAGUUCAAAAAACGAGUCGCCUGUCUUCAAAAUCUGGAAAAAAAGCCGAUUGAGAGAUUGUUGUGUUGUAAUUACUUCAAGGGAAAUGAAAGCUGAGACGUUGAGAAAUUUUAGUGAUGCUCAAUUUAAAAUUGACGGCUUUAAUGAUCAGCGCCAAGAAGAGUUCGCUCGUAAAUUUUUGAAUGAUGAUGAAGAUGUGGGAGUCUUUUUUGAAUACUUGGAGGAGCACGACCUAAGAGAACUAGCACAAAUUCCCCUUUUGAUGUUAAUGUUGUGCUUACUCUGGACAAAAACAAAACGCGAAGAACUACCAAAAGAACGCGCAGACAUCUUCGCCCAGUUUGUUAAGACUUUGUUUGAUCACUUGCGUGAAAAACACUCUGCUGAAUCAGUGGUUGUUAAAGAUUACUCAGAUGAAUUAUACGCAUUAGGACGCUUGGCCUUUGAAGCCCUUUUACAAGGACAGUUUUAUUUCCCUGUUAAUCAGUUACCUAGCUACAUUUUGAUCGAGAGGCUGAUUGAAGUCGGCCUUUUUCAGGUUUUAAAUGUGGCGAGUUUGAAUCCUGAAAAAGGCGUGUACUUUAUUCACAAAUCCGUACAAGAAUACCUUGCUGGGAAAUUCCUGAAAGAAGAGCUGACAUCUAAAAAGGCUGAAAGUACAAGUUCCCUCUUAAAGUUGGACUCAGUUAAAAAGAUCGAAAAGAUGUGCGAGGUUUUAAAAUUUGCUGCUCAGUUGUCAGGAGAAGCUGCGCGCGAGAUUGUGAUUCACAUUGGAAUGAAGAGCGAACCGACAGAGUUCAGAUUCGACAACGAAACACCGUCAAAGGAGGACUUGUCAGGGGAACAAACAGAUUUUAUUAAUCUUUGUAAUCAGUUAUUUUUCUCCUGCUCAGCUGAGACAAGAAAAAACCUCUUUCCUACAUUUCUUUCUUCCUUAGGAGGAAUUCUUGUAAUUAGUGCAGAGCAGCUAAAUGUUAUCGUACGUGAAAAUUUAGUUCAAACUGUCGAAACACUCAACUACGUUUUUUUCAAUAAACACAAUUAUAGAAUUUCUACAGAGCAGGAAUUAGAAAUUUAUGGUAAUUUAGAAAGGUUAUCACAGCAAUUAAACGCAGUUAUUGUCAGCUGUGGAGGAGAAAAGAAAGCAUCAGAAUUCUUAAGCAACUCAACAUGUCGUAGCAUAGAUGAAUUUUUUUUAAAGAAAGAAGAAAACAACACUCACCUUUAUUUAGCUCAAAUUUUAAAAAAUACGUUUAGCGACAUUCCUUUUCUUCCUUCUAUAACUAAGGCGCUUAUUAGUAAACAGGACACAACAAAGAAGACAAAAGUGAAUGCUGAUAAGUCAAGUGAAGAGAGCAGCAGCACCUAUUCAAAGCGCCAUGGUCUCUCCAGGGUGCGGGAGAUUAAUGCUUGGUAUGUGGACAGGUCAGAUGUGGAACUCUUGAGUGGGAUGAUGGCGUUUAUCACCGCUCCACACGGGAUAGUGAUUUAUGGUCAGAAAGGUGAAGUGUACGAUGCUGAGGUAACAGGGUCUCUGAUAAGGAGCAUGCAACCAACACACAAACUGAAGAUAUUAGUACUCCAUGGUAUCAAUGUAACAUCAUCACCUGCUGUGGAGUUCAUCAAGAAUUUAUUUAAACAAGCUCCAUACUUGGAGGUGCUCAGCUUGUGA